UCUCUUUCUUUUUCCCCCUUCUUCUCCCUUUCGCCCUUGUGCCCGUCCCUCUCUUCCCGGCCCCAUCAAUGGCGAUCUCCGAACCCGGUCAACUCCCGGCCGAACCGAACCGGAUCCCCUGCACCGUUACCUUCGGCCGGUCCAGCUUCCUCGGCCGCUCCCUCGUCGCCGCGCUCGUCUCCUCCGGCCAUUGGACCGUCCGGGUCGCCGACCCCUACCCUUCCCCCGGUCCGGCCCACCAACCCGGUUCACCCGGCCCGUUUCACCUCCCGGUCGACUUCUCGGACCGGUCCCAGGUCAUCCCCGCCCUCGCCGGAUCCGUCGUCGUCUUCCACAUCGACCCCACCACCACCACCUCUUCCUCCUCCAUUUUCUCCACCACCACCCCCAAUUUCUCCGAACUCCACGCCCUAGCCAUUGGGGCCACCAAAACCCUAAUCUCCGCCGCAAUCGAGUGCGGCGUGCGCCGCGUCGUCUACACCGGCUCCGCCGCAGUCGCCUUCGACGGCUGCCGCGACGUCGUGCUCGGCGACGAGUCCGUGCCCUACCCCGAUAAGUAUGAGGACAUUUUGGAUGAGCUGAGGGCGCAGGUGGAGAUGAUGGUGUUGGACGCGAACGGGAGGGGUGGGAUGGCGACGUGCGCGCUCCGGCCGAGCUAUCCGUUCGGGCCAGGGGAUCCGAAUCUCGUGCCGUUCUUCGUUGCAUGUGCGACAUCCUUUUGGAAUAAGUUUAUAGUAGGAGAUGGUAAAAAUAUGUAUGACUUCACAUAUGUGGAGAAUGUGGCCCAUGCUAAUAUUUGUGCUGAGAAAGCUCUACGUUCAGACCCAGCUUCUGUUGCAGGAAAGUCAUUUUUUGUUACAAAUGAUGAGCCAGUGGAGCUUUGGGAGUUUAUUUCUAGUAUACAAGAAGGCUUGGGAUAUCAGAGGGCCACAAUUAAUAUUUCUGCAAAUCUUGUAUUCCUACUUGUUCUGCUUGCCAGAAAGUUUAGCGAAAAGGUGUUUUUGCAUAGAAUAUCCAAUCCAAUACCUGGUCCUGCUACGGUUCACGCUCUGGCAUGCACGAGGACUUUCAGUUGUUCGAGAGCUAAAAACAUUCUUGGUUAUUCUCCAGUCUUAUCAAUGGAGGAAGGUAUCGUGCGAACUUUGGAGUCAUUCUCAGAACUAGCUAAAAAUUCAGGUUCUUCAAGACUGCGAGAUUUUACUGCACCGUCAAAAGCAGACCAACUAUUAGGUGGCGGAGUAGUUGCUGAUAUAUUGCUAUGGAGGGAUGAGAAGAAAACAUUUACUUAUCUGGCUUUACUCUUUCUGCUGUUCUACUGGUUUCUGCUUUCCGGAAGAACUUUUAUCUCUUCGUUUGCAAGAAUCUUAUUGCUGGUCUCAGUCACUCUUUUUGUCCAUGGCAUCCUACCUUUGUCAAUGUUUGGUCUGACAAUUGAGAAGGUCCCUUCAUCUUGCUUUGAAGUCUCAGAGCAAACAUUGCAAAAUUUGUUUGGUUUUGCGGCAUCUAUAUGGAAUAAAGGCUUUCAUGUAAUGAAGUUGCUUGCCAAAGGUGAUGACUGGGAAGUUCUUUUCAAGUCGAUUGCUUCUAUAUGUAUUCUAAAGUUGCUGUUCCGUUUCUCACUCGCAACAUUGAUUGGAGUUGGGUUGACAUGCAUGUUCAUCAUCUUCAUUGUCUAUGAACAGUGUGAAGAGGAAGUUGACAGUCUAAUUGCAACAGCUUCAGUUAGAAUUGAAGCAUUAAAGAAAAAAUUUGUCAGUAAACUAUCAAGCUUCUUGACGAAAUAUAUUCCCCAGAGUUGAUGAUGACUGAUCCUCCAUUUCUCUCACCGUGAACUUGGAAAUUAAAAUGCAUCAUCUUUGUGACAUGCUUCCGUUGCGGCUUCUGUUGUUGAUUUAAUCUUCUAUGUAUAGAGAGGUAUUCAUGCAAUUAGUGAUUUGAGGUUUGAUAAUUCAUCUAUCUUUCGGUCUUUCUACUAAUUAUGUAGUUAUUAUGAUAGUCUUAUUCUCAUGAUUUCAUGUAAUUAAAAGAAUAAAUAACAUUGCUAUAUGUUCUGUCA